AACAGCCUUCAAGAGGCUCACAUUUAAACAAACAUCUUGUGGGUUUGUGAUAUUGUUCUCUGAUUUUCACUCCGAAUUGAAAGUGUUGUAUCGUUUAUUCUGAAGAUGAAGUUUGAAAAUGUGCUGGCAGAGGUGAAUGGCUUUGGGAGGUUUCAAUUAAGGACAAUCCUCUUGAACGUAAUUCCUCGUGUGACUUUGCCUUUUCACUUUCUGCUAAAUAAUUUCAUCGCUGUUAUUCCAUGCCACCACUGCAACAUCAGCUCUCUGGAUGACGGAGGUGUUUUUAGGAAUUUGUCCCAGGCAGAGAGGCUUGUUGUUAGUAUUCCACUCCAGGCAGAUGGGACUCCAAACUCCUGUCAGAUGUUUGCAGAGCCUCAAUAUCAUCUGCUGCUCAACUCGUCCAACAUGACUGAGCUACCCACAGUGCCAUGUCAGAAUGGAUGGGUGUACGAUAACAGCACCUUCAAGUCUUCACUGGCCACAGAGUGGGAUCUGGUUUGUGAUAAGAGAAGAGUGAACCGAGCCACGGCCACUAUCUUCUUCAUGGGGGUCAUGCUUGGAGCAGCAGUCUUUGGCUAUCUCAGUGACAGAUUUGGCAGGAAAAUAACACUUCUUGUGUCCUAUUUGACAACUACCUUCUUUGGAUUUGCAAGCGCUUUCUCAUAUAAUUUCACCAUGUUUGCUGUCACGAGGUUCUUUACUGGAUUUGGACUUUCUGGAAUAAGCAUUGUCACCAUAGUCCUUAGUAUUGAAUGGGUGGAUAUCAAGCAUCGAACGGCAGUAGGUGUUUUAUCAAGCAUGGACUGGAGUGUUUGUACUGCUCUACUACCUGUUUUGGCCUAUUUUGUGAAUGACUGGAGGUACCUCACAGCCGCAGCUACCAGCCCCCUGUUUCUGGCAAUGAUCUGCUGGUGGUUAGGAAAAAAUAAUAAUAUAACUUUCAGCCAUAACAAGCAAUUUUCUGCCUUUUACUUUUUUCAGUCUGAAGGUGCCCUUUCACCAGCAAGCCGUGUGAAUAUUCAAAACAAUUUCAUAUAUCAAAUCAAACUUUGUCGCAGGUGGCUCCCUGAGUCUGCCAGAUGGCUGAUAAGUAAUGGAAAGGUCAACAGUGCUCAUUUCUACUUGAACAAGUGUGCAAAAGUCAACGGCAGAGAGCAGUUCAUGGCAGACAUAAAGCCUGAGACUCUGUCCAAAGUAAUACUUGUAGAAAAUGAAAACAGAAAAUAUUCCUAUUUGGACCUUGUGAGGACCCCCAAAAUGAGGAGACUGGCUCUACUUACUGGCAUUGUUUGGUUUGGAGUGGCCUGUACGUAUUACGGAAUCAGCUUGAAUGUCACUGGAUUUGGUGUGAACAUUUAUCUCACGCAGUUCAUCUACGGCGCAAUUGAAUUUCCGGCAAAAGCAUUUGUCUUUUUCACUUUGAACAAAAUUGGCCGAAGGUGGAGUCAGACUGGAACACUCGUUAUGACUGGACUGUGUAUAUUCUGCAACAUGUUUGUCCCUCGAGAUAACGCAAUGUUUCAGACAACUGUGGGAGCUUUGGGCAAGAUGUUCGCAGAGGCAUCUUUUACAACUGUAUUUCUGUACACAACAGAGCUUUACCCCACAGUAAUGAGGCAAAAUGGAUUGGGUUACUGCUCCUUCAUGGGUCGUGUAGGCGUGUCUGUUUCCCCUCUGAUCAUGCUUCUUGAAGAAGUGUGGGGCCAUUUACCGAGUACUAUCUUCUCCCUGGUGGCUUUUGCUGCAGGGCUGUCAGCUUUUUUUCUUGCUGAGAUACAAAACAUUCGUCUGCCAGAGACUAUUGAGGAUGUGGAACACACAAGAAGAAGAUCAAUCUCCACCUCUGAUGAGAAAUCAUUUUGCACACAGUGGGAGGCCACAAUGAGGUUCGAGAACAUUCUAGCCAAUAUUAAUGGAUUUGGAAGAUUUCAGAUAAUGAUCGUUGUGAUCAGCUUCAUUGGCCGCUUCACACUGCCCUGCCACUUCAUGCUAAACAACUUCAUAGCUGCUGUUCCCGCUCACCACUGCGACAUCAGCUCUCUGGAUGACAGAGAGCCUCAAUAUCAUCUGCUGCUCAACUUAUCAGACAUGACUGAACUACCCACAGUGCCAUGUCAGAAUGGAUGGGUGUACGAUAACAGCACCUUCAAGUCUACCCUGACCUCACAGUGGGACUUGGUGUGUGAUAGAAGAGGAAAAAACAAAGCAACUGCUACCAUCUUCUUUGUUGGAGUGAUGUUUGGAGCCGUGUCCUUUGGAAGUCUGAGUGACAGGUUUGGCCGAAGGAUCAUGCUGCUGUUGUCAUAUGUGUCUGGAAUGUUCUUUGCUAUUGCAAGUGCUUUUUCUACAUCCUACGUGAUGUUCUGUGUGCUGAGGUUCUUCACUGGGUUUUGCAUCACCGGCAUCGUCAUUGUCUCAACAGUCCUCAGUGUGGAGUGGGUGGACAUUGAGCACAGGAAAUUGGUUGGAGUGAUUGACAGCUUAUCCUGGACAUUUGGGAACAUAAUAUUUGCAGCUAUUGCUUACUUUGUGACUGAUUGGCGGUGGCUAAUUGUCAGUGUCAGCUCCCCUUUAACCUUGGCCAUCAUCACCUGGAGGUGGAUGCCAGAGUCGGCAAGGUGGCUCAUUGCCAACGGAAAGCUGGAGCAAGCUCAGAAGUAUUUGAAAAUAUGUGCCGAGAUGAACCGAACAGAGGAGUUCAUUCACAGGCUUAACACAGAGACACUGUCCACUAUUGUUGUGACUGAGAAAAGAGAUCGGCCCUAUUCGUACCUCGAUCUGAUAAAUACAGCCAAAAUGAGGAAACUGGCCCUAUGUACUGGUAUAGUGUGGUUUUGUGUGGCAACUGCGUUUUAUGGCAUCAGCUUCAACAUCACAGGCUUUGGGCUCAACAUCUACCUCACUCAGUUUACCUAUGCUUUAAUUGAGCUCCCAGCCAAAGUAUCAGUUUACUACUUACUGGAUAAGAUAGGCAGGAGAGGAACUGAGGUGGGAGCUCUGCUGAUGGUGGGCGUCUGUCUUGGAAUCAACAUUGUAAUACCUAAAGAUAUGUCUGUUGUCAGAACAGUGGUGGCUGUCAUUGGAAAAGGGUUCUCCUCUGCGUCAUUUGCAACUAUUGGGCUCUACACUUCUGAGCUCUAUCCCACUGUAGUAAGGCAGAAUGGUAUGGGUUACAACUCGUUCAUGGCUCGAACUGGUGUAGCUGUGGCUCCUUUGAUUCUCUUACUGGAUGAGGUGUGGAAGGACCUGCCCCAGGUCGUCCUGUGCUCUAUAGCCGUACUGGGGGGAGUAGUGGCAAGAACACUGUCAGAGACACGCAACAGGUGUCUACCAGAGACCAUAGAGGAUAUUGAACAACAGUGGUAGCGAACCCGUCUCUUGCAUCAGUGAGCGAUGACAGUAUGAACGGUCUCCACUUUCAAAUUAAUUCAUUUUCAAUUUAUGCUUGAAGUAGAAUUACAUUUAGCUGCUAUCUACAUAUUGAUCGGAAGGUUAUUUGGGGAGAUGUGAUAAAAACCUGGAGAUUGUACUCUAUUUGUAUUGAUUGUAAAUUUAAAAAAAGAAUACUUAGGUGGUAAUGACCUUUGAUGACCAUGUUAUGCCAACUCACAAGCUUUUGUUACAUGUUACUGUGAGCAGUUUACCCAAAGAGUGAUGUUCCCUUCUCAGAUGGUUUUAUUUGAAAAAGUUUUUUGAAAAGGUAAAACUGCCCAGUAUUCAAAGAAAUAUA